CUGUACUCUUUCACUUUCAACCACCAUGGCAAGACGCUUGUACCUUGGCAGACUUCCCCCUGAUGCCCGUUCUGAUGACGUGGCUAAGUUUUUCGAUGGCUAUGGCCGUAUCAUUGACUGUCGUGUCAUGACCGGUUCGUCGGACAAGAGGCGCGCGGCAAAUGCGGAACUCACUGGACCUCCAUCAGGAUUCGGUUUUGUCGAGUUUGAAAGCUCAAAGGAUGCGGAGGACGCUGUACAUCAUUUCAACGGCAAGCCAUUCAUGGGAGCCAACAUUGUCGUCGAAUUCGCCAAAGAAAGUCGCCCCCGUCGGGAUGUCUAUGAGAGCGACCGUGGCUACGGGGCUGCUCGUUCCCGCAGGCCUCCAGGUAUCCGCCUGAUCGUUUCCGGUAUUUCUCGUGACACAAGCUGGCAGGACUUGAAAGAUUUCGGACGCGAGGCGGGUAGCGUGUCGUUCGCUGACAUUGAUCGUGACAACCCUGGCCAGGGUAUCCUUGAGUAUCUAUCGCGAGAUGACGCAGACCGUGCCGUCAAGGAUUUGGACGGUAAAGACCUGCGCGGUAGACCUGUCCGCGUUGCCUACGAUGAUGCCCGCGGUGGACCUGAUAACUACAGGCGCGAGGAUCGUCGUGAGGAACGUCCUCGAGGUGACGACCGAUACAAAGAAGAACGUUACUACAGGGAUGAUCGUGCAUCUUAUCGCCGCGAGCGAUCUCGCUCGCCUCCUCGUCGCAAUGAUCAUGACGAUCGUCGCCCCAGGUCUCCACCUCCGCCGCGGAGGGAUCUUGAUGAGAGAAAACCUGCAGGGUACGAUGAUUACCGACGGGGAGGUUAUGAUGAUGACCGCAGAGCCCCUGAUUAUUAUUAUGACCGCCGCAGGGACGAUGACCGGCGACGUGAAGACCGCGGUGGCAGACGCGACGAAAAAGACGAUCGGUACGACGACAGGGCGAUGAGGCACGCAAAUGGCGAUGGUGGAUGGGCGCGUUAAAGGAUAUAGGCAGCCGCUGGAUAUUUUGCACUUGGCCGAGGGGCACCGCAUCCGUUAUUGGUUUUCCACUCUCUUAUGAUGGUCAUGGUCUCCUCGAGCUUGGCGUUGGCGUAUGUUGGGUCGAACCGG